AUGGACAUCGUGCAAGCCGUCUCCGGCUAUGUCACCAAGAUGGUGUCAACCGGAGACAACGCGGCAACAGGUACCACAGCGGCCAAGAUGAAGAUACUCCUCCUGGACAAUGAGACUGUUUCUAUAGCCUCAACUGCGACGACGCAGUCCGCUCUCCUGACCCACGAAGUCUACCUCACCGACCGGUUAGACAACCAACAGCGCGAAAAGAUGCGCCACCUUCGCUGUCUUUGCUUCAUUCGACCGUCCCCCGACUCUAUACAAAACCUUAUCGAGGAACUGAGGGAGCCAAAAUAUGGGGAAUACAACAUAUAUUUCAGCAAUAUUAUCAAGAAAUCUUCUUUGGAGCGAUUAGCUGAAGCCGACGACCACGAAGUUGUCCGAGCGGUGCAGGAAUACUUUGCGGACUUCCUUGUCAUAAACCCCGAUCUUGCGUCGUUCGAUCUAGGGUUCCCUAAACAUCGCAUAUGGAGCACAACACCGGAUGGCUGGAAUCAGGAUUCUUUACAACGGUCAACAGAGGGUGUCAUGGCGCUGCUGCUUGCCUUGAAGAAGAAGCCGUUGAUACGGUACCAGAAGAACAGCUUGUUGGCGAAGAAGCUUGCGACAGAGGUCCGCUACAACAUGACACAGGAAGACCAACUUUUCGACUUCCGAAAGACAGAUACCCCACCCAUACUGCUUAUCGUGGAUCGCCGAGACGAUCCUGUGACUCCACUUCUGACCCAAUGGACAUAUCAGGCAAUGGUGCACGAGCUAUUAGGCAUAAACAAUGGACGAGUAGACCUACGGGACGUCCCAGAAAUACGUCCCGAGAUGAAGGAAAUCACGCUUUCACAAGAGCAAGAUCCCUUCUUCAAGAAGAACAUGUAUCUCAACUUUGGCGAUCUCGGACAGAAUGCUAAAGACUAUGUGGAGCAAUUCGCAUCUAAGCAGCAAGGCACACAAAAACUAGAUUCCAUCGCAGACAUGAAGCGCUUCAUUGAGGAUUUUCCAGAGUUCCGCAAGCUCUCCGGAAACGUCACUAAGCACGUUACUCUUGUGGGCGAACUGAGUCGGAGAGUGGGCGAGGAUAGUUUGCUGGACGUGAGUGAGCUAGAGCAAAGCUUAGCUUGCACGGACAACCAUUCGAACGACGUCAAGACGUUGCAGAAGCUGAUCACGAAUCCCCAAAUUCCAGCCGACAACAAACUAAGGCUGGUCGCCAUAUACGCGCUGCGAUACGCUAAACAUUCAUCAAAUUCCACACCUGCCCUCCUGGAGCUCCUCAAUGUUGCGGGAGUUUCUCGUCGCCGCAUAAACCUCGUCGCUGACCUUCUCACGUAUCACAACUCGUUACAUGCAUUGAGCACCGCGGGCGGUGUGCCGGACCUUUUCCAGGCAGGCUCGUUUUUCGGUGGCGCGCGCGAUCGGUUCAAGGGAUUGAAAGGCGUGGAGAACGUCUAUACGCAGCAUUCGCCUCGGCUAGAAGCCACGCUGCAGGACUUGAUCAAGGGCCGACUCAAUCAACAAGUGUAUCCAUUCGUUGAAGGAGGCGGAUCGACCAAGGACAAGCCACAGGACAUCGUUAUCUUCAUGGUGGGUGGGACGACAUACGAGGAGGCGAAGAUGGUUGCGCAGGUCAAUGCAAGUUCUCCAGGCGUUCGCGUCGUUCUCGCGGGAACGACAGUGCAUAACAGUUCGACGUUCUUAGAGGAGGUGGAGGAUGUGGUGAGUUCUUGGCCCGAAGCGCCUGCAACGUCAGCCGCAGGUCGGCUACGAAGGGAAAUAGGAAGGUGACGAUGAGAAUGAGGAAUGCAUAAUCACGUAAAGCCGGAUUUCGGAUGGAGCAAUUGGGGAUGGCAAGCUUGGCCUCACCCGCCAGCCGCGAAUUGCAAGUCGCAAGUCUGCAGGUUGGGAGAAUUUCCCCACUACUAGGGAGGCAUGGAUGCAUAAGGCGUUGAGGUGUUGGGCGUUCGCUGAUACGGCGCGCCUCCCGCCUACAGGCUAUAUAGUACCUUCCCUUAGAGACUGCAUACCGUACUGUACAAUAAUGAUUAUCAGUACUACUACUAUUAUUAUUGUACUCUGGUAGUAAAUAGAGUUGGUAAAUCAGCCUCCAGAUUGAUGAGA